AUGGAAAGCCUGCGUCCCUUUCUCUUCAUUCUCUGCACUUUGCUGGGAGCUUUGGCUCAACAAGAUCUCAAAAACCACAUCUUUGUGUUCCCGGAGGCCUCCAACACGGCGCACGUGGUGCUGGAAGCCAACCUGAAGAAGCCCCUGACCAGCUUCACCAUUUGCGAGAGGGUGUACACAGACCUGACGCGGGGCUACAGCACGUUCUCGUACGCCACCGCGGCGAGCGACAACGACAUCCUCGUCCACAGGGCCAGCCCCACCGAGUACGAGUUUUAUUUGGGAAGGUCCAAGGUGGCCUUUAAAACCCCGGCCUCCACCUGCGGGUGGGAACACGCCUGCGUGGCGUGGGAGUCUUCCACGGGGAUCGUGGAGCUGUGGCUGAAUGGGGUCCUUUUACCCAGGAAGGGAAUCGGGAAAGGUUACGCCGUGAGUCCGAAAGCGUCCAUCGUCCUGGGCCAGGAUCAAGAUACCAUGGGGGGUGGGUUUGACAGCAAAGAGUCUCUGGUGGGGGAACUCACCGAUCUGUACUUCUUCGACCGGGUGCUGACACCCCAAGAAGUGACUUUACUGAGAAGGAAUGUCUUUGCAGCCAAAGCCCUCAUUAGCUGGAGAGCUCUGUCCUUCCAGAUCAAAGGUUACGUUGUGGUUAAGCCCCUCCGUG